CCCGCAUGUACUCAUCAAACCCCUCUUCUUUUCCCUUCUUUUACUUUUUGACACACUAUGAACAAAGAAACAGCAUAUUAUAAAAUGAACCAGGGUGAUCUAAAGGCUAAUAAAACCGAUUUACAAGCUGUCAUUUCAAAAUACCAGUCGGAUCCUGAGCUAUUAAAGCUUAUUUUGAUUAGCAAAGUUGAAGAAGAUAAACGACGAACAGAAGAAGCUAGACUGAGAUCGAAAGAGAUUGAUUUAUACCUAAGCCAACGUUAUCAUUAUCCUUAUAGGAGAAUCAUACCUAAUGAGAUAAUACAUAAGAAUAGCAACAUUAGAAGAAAAAGGUCUAUACAAGCUAUUAGUAAAGUGAUCGAAACCCAUGAGUUUCCAUUCGACGACGGGUUCUUUUGGAAAACGAAUGGAAACACGCUACAAAAAAGAACUGGACUUAAAAGUAUUUACUUUAAAUGUGCCAGUAAGGAUUGUCCUGUCAAUAAGACGGUUAUAGAACAAGAAAAUGGGAAAUAUAUGAUAAAAUAUAGAGGCCAACAUGUAUCAGGGUGUAAUAAAAUAGAACACGUCAAAGAUGUGUAAAUGAUUUACUCUUUUUUUUUGAAUUACAAAAAAGGAAAUGGAGAGACAAA